UGAAGCAAAACAUGGUGCCAUGAUGUAGUUGCGGUAUAUAAGAACCAAGAAAUUUUCGGAAUUUUUAUGAAUCUGCUACUUAUUCAUUGGCAUUUUUGUGUUAAAUAUUUAGAUUGAGCUGCAUACUGCUUUGUUUUGAGUGGUAUAUAGGACUACUGAGUAAAUCUAGUGAUAUUUUGUGACUGGUUGCGUACCAUAAACGGAAAAACAAUGGAGCUGGGUGAUCGUGUUUAUGCCGCAGAAAGGAUCAUUAAGAAGAGGAAUCGAAAGGGGGUAACUGAGUACCUGGUGAAAUGGAAAGGCUGGAGCCAGAAGCACAACACAUGGGAGCCAGAGGAGAACAUCCUGGAUGUCCGACUGAUUGACCUGUACGAGCGCGGCCAGCAAAGGGGCGGCGCCAGUGAUGGUAGGCGUGGCCCCAGAAAGAGGGGGGAGAAACACGCAGCAGCCGCUGAUGAUGCAGGGGGUGGUGAUGAAAGUCAGGAUGAAGGUGGCGGUGGUGAUGAAAUUAAAAGUGGGAAGGAUGAUGAGAAAAAGGAGGGGAAAGAAGGUGGAGUUGAGGUGGAGGAUGAUGAUACUAGGGCUGGUACUGAGGAGACUACAGACAAUAACACACCCACACCUGCUGCUACUUCUGGAUCUGCUCACCACCAGACUGUAAAUGAAUCAGCACCAUCUACUACAAAUACUGUUGACCAUGAUUCGUCAAGUAAUUCAUCAGAUCAGAGGCCGUUGUUACAAAGAAUCUCAGAGACACAGAGCACAGGCACGAAGAGGAAAGCGGAAGUGCUUAGUAAAGAAAGUGGAAAAAUAGGCGUGACCAUAACGACGAGUGGUCAACAAGGGGCAGGAUCUCAACAUCAAGAGGCGGAGUCUCAUGCGAAAAAGACUGAUCGAUCUAUAUCUCCACCUACGAAGAUGAGCAAACUGUCAUUACCCCCAGUGGCACCUCCCACGUGCACGUCAUCAACCACCGCCCCGUCCAUCCCCUCAGCAUCCCCUCCAGCCGUUUUGACAGCCGGUGCUCCGGCCGCCCCUCGAACUUCUUCUCUAGGCGACAAGCAACGUUGCGCCAGCGUGGAUGCGACGUUGCCACAUGCAGUAACCAGAGAACCGGCGUCGCCCAGGAGGACGGCUGCUUCCGAGGGGGAGGAGGGGGUGAAGAAGGUAUUAACGGGAGAUAAAGAUGUAAGGCCUGAUGAUGUCAAACCAGUAAAUGGUCAUCAUCAUCAUUAUGAUAACAAUAAUGAACACCACCAAGUGCCAUCACCUCCAGUUCUGGCUAGUCCUGGUUCAGAAUAUUGGCUAGCAAGGAAUCCAGUAGCUGAUCAGGUUUUCAUCACCGACGUAACGGUUAACCUAAAAACCGUUACAAUUCGAGAGUGCAAGACCGAAAAGGGGUUCUUCAAGGAAAGAGAUGCCGCUGCUGCGGCCGCUGCGGCUGCUGCCGAGGACAGAAAUAACGCCAGAGACGUUGCGUGACGUAAAAGGAAACCUUAAAUUCAUCUGAUUUUAUUUGUACACCGGCCCAACGAGAGGGGAAUAUCGUAUCGUAUCGUCACCCCCAGUUCUCAGAGAGGCUCACUGCUCAGAGUGAAAUCGAUAUAAUCUCAAAAAAUGUAAUUAUAUUAAGUUUUUAGGGAAAUUGUUAAAUCGAUUGUGUGAUGAUGCAAAAAAUUUGGACUCGACAAAUAUAUAUAUAUCAAUCCCCAUCUGCUGCAGGCCCCAAACUUCAUCUGUGCCCAGGGCUCCCACAUAGCUUAAGACGGCCCAGAGUGUACUGAUAAUCUAAUCAUUCAAUGACAUGGCAAUGAUAUUCGACAGGUCUAUACUUGAAUUAACUUAGAUAUAAUACAAAGGGUACUAUAAAAGUUUUGCAAUACAGCUUUAUUUAUUGACUUCAUUCACACAUUCAAUAUCUUUAUCCGCCGAAACCAGUCCUUAAACCAGCUCUGCCAAGUUUCACCCGGGAGAGCGGCACACUCGUCCCAAGCCCUCAGGUCCUCAUCGCUAUAAAACCGUUUUACUUUUGGCUUCAUUUUCACACGCGGAAACAGUGCAAAGUCUCAGGGAGCAAGAUCUGGACUGUAAGGAGAGUGCUCAAAUAGUUUCAGUCCAGUAGUGGACAAAUACUCACUGCAGAAUUUGGCGCGAUGAGCUGCAGCGUUGUCAUGGUGGAGGUAACAAGUGUCCAUUCUUGAUAGAGAUCGACCGAAGGCGAUUUUUUGGCCGAAGCUGAAGCCGAACUUCGGUCUGCGGAUCAUCUUCGGCCUAAACCGAAGCCGAAGAU